AUGAGUGAUCUUGGACAGCUUUGCUCCUACCUAGGCAUUGAAGUAGCUCAAGAAGGAGCUAGGAUCACUCUGUCACAGAGAGCCUAUGCACUCAAGAUACUGGAUAUUGCAAGAAUGAGGGAGUGCAAUCCAGUCCAUACUCUUCUUGAAGCUAGAAUUAAAUUCAGUCAACAGAAUUUGGGAUCGUCAAUUGAUUCUACCCACUUCCAUAGCCUCAUCGGAAGUCUAAGGUACUUGACUCACACUCGACCUGACCUAAUUUUCUCUGUGGGAUUACUGAGCAGGUUUAUGGAGAACCCUACUUCAGAACAUCUCUCAGGGAUUAAGUGGAUUCUAAGGUACGUUAGAGAAACAAUAGACUAUGACUUAGUCUAUGAGAAAGGGAAGACAGAAGCAAAAUUAGUCAACUAUAGUGAUAGCGACUUUGCUGGUGAUGAGGAAGAUCGGAAGAGCACCUCCAGGCAUGCUUUCUUUCUCGGUGAUAUGCUGAUCAGCUGGGCCUCAGAAGCGAAAAUCAGUAGCUCUAUCUUCAUGUUAGGAAGAGUAUAUUGCUGCCACUACUGCCGCAUGUCAGGGCGUGUGGCUGAAUCGAUUUUUUAG